ACACUCGAACGUCUUUAAAAGGUGAAAUAAUUCACCCGAAAAGAACCAAAACCCAUUUUGUAACAUUUCUGUCGGAUACUCUGUUAACUUUUGGUCUCUUUCAAAACUCAAAAACUGAGUUCAUUGUUUAACAAUGGCGCUAGAAGCUGUAACACAGCAACAACAAUAUCUUUACGCCUUGCUCGGAACUGCAAACUGGGACGGUGGCUCUGGCUCUGGUUCUGGUUUUGAUUAUCACAACAAUGAGGCUUUUGAAUAUCUUGAGAAUAAUCAAAAUGUAGGAGAAGCACAAGAGUAUGAGGACUACUCAAAUUGGAACUUACCACCUCCAUUAUUGGUGGAUUCACAGAAUGAUUUUAAUCAAUGGGGUCAGAAUUCUUCCACUUAUGUUUUAGACCAUAAUUUUACAAUCCCAGAUCAGCUGCUACAAUUGGAGUCUCCAGUUGAAAUGUCUAGUACAACUAGACCAAGAAGGAGAAGAACAAGAAGCAAGAAGAAUCAAGAAGAGGUUGAGAGUCAAAGAAUGACCCACAUUGCCGUCGAAAGAAAUCGUCGAAAACAGAUGAAUGAGUACCUCUCUGUCCUCCGAACUCUUAUGCCUCAAUCUUAUGUCCAAAGGGGUGAUCAAGCAUCAAUUGUUAGUGGUGCAAUCAACUAUGUGAAAGAGCUAGAGCAACAGCUGCAAUUCCUCAGUGGUCAGAAGCAUUCGAAUGAUGAAAAAUUACAAAAUGUCAUGGGUGGUGAAACUUCUCCAUUUUCUGAGUUCUUCAGCAUUCCACAGUACUCCACAACUAUGACUGCUGCUACUAGUGAAAAUGGAGGUUCUGGGAAUGAAUAUUAUAGGAACCAGCAGCUAGCAGCAACCGCUGAUAUAGAGGUGACAAUGGUGGAAAAUCAUGCAAAUCUGAAAAUAAGGUCAAAAAGGAGGCCAAGAUUGCUUCCUAGAAUAAUUUCUGGUCUUGAAAGCCUUAGGCUAAGUGUUCUUCUUCUCAAUGUUUCAAAAGUUGAUCAGUUUGUCCUCUGUUCUCUCAGUUUGAAGGUAGAAGAAGACUGCAAGUUGAGUUCAGUGGAAGACAUAGCAGCUGUUGUAAAUCAGAUUUUAGGUAGGAUUCAUGAAGAGGCUUUAUUAGCUUGAUGUAAGACUAUAUAAGAGUAUAUUGCUAAUAUCUAUGUAGAAUUAGGAAAUAUUUGACAAUUUAAUUUUGAGGUCAGCAAAUUCUCAUUG